UGAUGGCGGUCAACGAGGAUACACCACUGCUCCGCCGCUUUUCCAUUCCACCAGUCUUUACUCAACCUGGGUGCUUUGAACAAAUGUCUGACAAGACGCAUAUGGAAGAGGGGUAUACUGCGCCUGCGUGCACCUUCCCCUUCUCUAGGAUGGCCACGAAACAUGAAGACCCUUCACACCCACCACGCAUGCCUCAAGCAAUAGCCCACCGCGGCUACAAGGCCAAGUUUCCAGAAAACACACUCGCUGCCUUUGCUGGCGCCAUCGAGGUCGGCGCACACGCUGUAGAGACAGAUGUACACAUUACCAAAGAUGGCGUUGUGGUGUUGUCCCACGACAACACAUUGAAUCGCUGCUUUGGGCGUCCGGAAAAGAUUAUCGACUGCGAUUGGAGUUUUAUCGCGCCGUUGCUGACUACAGAGGAGCCCAAACAACAUAUGCCGCGGUUGAGCGAUCUUCUACAGUUUCUGGCCACAGAGGAACGCAAAGAUGUUUGGGUGUUGUUGGAUGUCAAGUUGGACAAUAACCCUGAAGACAUUAUCCGCCUGAUCGCCAGCACAAUCGCUUCUGUGCCUGCUUUACCUCAACACCCAUGGUCGAAGAGAAUUGUUCUCGGUUGCUGGGCAGCAAAACACGUACCUCUGUGUCAACGCUACUUGCCUGGAUUCCCCUGCACACACAUUGGAUUUUCCCUAUCCUACGCCCGCCAGUUCCUGAAUAUCCCAAACGUGGGUUUCAACAUGCUGCUGCCCAUCCUCAUGGCUCCCGGCGGCAAGAAAUUCCUACACGACGCAAAGAGCGCAAAUAAACCUGUUCUCGCAUGGACGGUCAACGAGACCAAANAAAUGAAAUGGUGUAUACACAAGCAACUGGAUGGCGUGAUAACCGACGACCCAAAGCUUUUCCUCGAGGUCUGCAGGAAUUACGACGGCAGAGAAAAAGUUGCACUCACUUGGAGGAUCUGGGUUGAUGUGCUCAGGAUAUGGUUUUUCGCGAGCAUAUUCGGAUUUCUAUACCGUAAUCGGUAUGCGGGCAGGACGAAGAGUCAAGUACAAGUUGUU